CGCCCCUCCACGUCUACACCUGGGUGGGAUUUUUAUACCAUCCCUAACAAUCCAUACCUUAGUUGGUGGAGCGGUCUUUCUCCUCAAGGUAUAGACUACAUUCAUAAUGAGUAGAUCACGUAUCGGGAUGCCAGCUCGGCGACGAGCGUCGAGCUCCCUCAUGUCCAAAAUUACCCUCUUUGCGCUGGUCUUUGUGGCCAUCUUGUGCUUCCUGCCGGUAGGUAGCCAGGUCAAAGCUCAGGAUGACAAGCCGGACUAUGGAACUGUCAUUGGAAUCGAUCUUGGAACCACUUACUCAUGUGUCGCUGUUCAACGUGGAGGGAAGGUUGAAAUCAUCGCCAACGACCAAGGAAACCGUAUCACUCCAUCCUGGGUGGCAUUCACGGAAGAGGAACGAUUGAUUGGGGACGCUGCGAAGAAUCAAGCAGCUCAGAACCCUGAAAAUACUGUCUUUGACGCUAAACGUCUCAUUGGACGAACCUACGACGACUCAGACGUUCAGAGGGAUGCUAAGCACUUCCCUUUCAAGCUGAGGAACAAGAGCGGAAAACCAAUGAUUGAGGUCGAGAGCCGAGGCAGCACCAAGGACUUCACUCCUGAAGAAAUCUCCGCCAUGGUCUUGACAAAGAUGAAGGAGACCGCUGAGGCUUACCUGGGUCACAAAGUCACCCACGCAGUCGUCACUGUGCCUGCCUACUUCAACGACGCUCAACGAUCCGCGACCAGAGACGCUGGAACAAUUGCGGGACUGACUGUCCUCCGAAUCGUCAACGAGCCCACCGCUGCUGCCAUCGCCUAUGGACUGGACAGGACUGGAAAGGCCGAAUCUCAGAUCAUCGUCUACGACUUGGGAGGUGGUACCUUCGAUGUGUCCCUUCUGUCCAUCGAGGACGGAGUCUUCGAAGUUUUGGCCACCGCAGGAGACACCCAUCUUGGAGGUGAAGAUUUCGACAACCGAGUUAUCGACUACCUUGUCAAGCAAUACAAGCGAAAGACUGAUGUCGAUGUCACCAAGAAUUUGAGGGCAAUGGGCAAGCUGAGGCGUGAAGUUGAAAAGGCGAAGCGAACCUUGUCCUCGCAAAUGAGCACCAAGAUAGAAAUCGAAUCUUUUGAGGGCGGUAACGACUUCUCAGAGACCCUUACCCGGGCUAAGUUUGAAGAGCUCAAUAUGGAUCUUUUCCGAAAGACCAUGAAGCCUGUCGAGCAAGUUCUCAAGGACGCCGGUGUCAAGAAGGACGAGAUCGACGACAUCGUUUUGGUUGGAGGUUCCACUCGUAUUCCUAAGGUUCAGCAAUUAUUGAAAGAGUACUUCAACGGCAAGGAGCCCUCCAAGGGUAUCAACCCCGAUGAAGCUGUUGCAUACGGAGCCGCCGUUCAAGGAGGUAUUUUGUCCGGUGAAGAGGGCAGCUCUGGCGUCCUUCUUAUUGAUGUGUGCCCCUUGACAAUGGGUAUUGAGACCACUGGAGGUGUCAUGACCAAACUCAUUGGGCGUAACUCGGUCGUCCCCACGAAAAAGUCGCAGAUCUUCUCCACUGCCGUCGACAAUCAGCCAACCGUUAGGAUCCAAGUCUUUGAAGGAGAACGAUCCAUGACUAAGGACAACAACCUACUUGGAGAAUUUGACCUGACCGACAUCCCUCCCGCUCCUCGUGGUGUUCCUCAAAUCGAAGUCACCUUUGAGAUUGACACCAAUGGUAUUCUGAAGGUCUCCGCCUUGGACAAGGGCACCGGCAAAUCCAAGUCGAUCACCAUCACCAAUGAUGAGCGACGACUGAGUCCAGAAGACAUUGAGCGUAUGGUCCAGGAGGCCGAGGAAUUCGCGGAUGAGGAUGCUGCUAUGCGAAAACGUAUUGAGGCGGUCAAUGCCCUCCAAAACUUUGUCUUCUCCCUCAAAUCUCAAGUGAACGAUCCCGAGGGCAUGGGGGGCAAGAUCUCUGAUGAGGACAAGAAGACUGUCCUUGCGGCGAUCAAGGAGAAGACCGAGUGGCUCGAGGAGAACCAACAAGCUGAGGCUGAGGACUUUGAGGAUCAGUUGUCCGAGUUGCAGGCAAUUGUUGGACCCAUCUCUGCUAAGCUCUAUGGAGCCGGCGGACCAGGUGGAGCGAGCUUUGACGAUGAAGUUCCCUUCAGCCAUGACGAGCUUUAAACAAUUACACGAACGCCAGCAUGUCUCAUCAUAUUUUCAUGCAUGAAUAUACAAAGA